AACAUUCCAGUACCUUUUGGGAAGUAGACUGCCAGAGUAAUGGGGACAAGUUUUUCAAAGAUAAUUUCCGAAUGGAAAGAUCCUGCUUUGAAAAAUUGUGCAGCAAACUUGAAAAAAUAGCCAAAAGAAAAACGAACUAUCGAAACCCGAUUUCACUAAAAAAGCGCGUGGCAAUUGCUCUGUAUGCACUAGGAUCUUCUAGUGAAUACAGAUCAAUUGGACAUUUGUUUGGAGUAGGCAAAGCAACUGUUUGCAAAAUACUCAUCGAGUUUUGCAAUGAAGUUGGGACAUCUUUGGCUCCAAUAUAUUUGAAACAUUUUCCACUGACAAGGGCGCAAAUUGAGAAUGGAGUCGCAGAUUUUAAUGCAAUGGGCUAUCCACAAUGUAUUGGAGCAAUAGAUGGAUGUCAUAUUGAAAUUCAUCCAAGAAAGGAAGAAGCCAUUGAUUACUACAACUACAAAGGGUGGUAUUCCGUAGUACUAUUGGCUUUGGUAGACGCAAAAUAUAGAUUUGUUUAUAUACAUUGCGGCAGUCCUGGAAGAUGCAACGACUCCGGAAUUUUUGAAAAAUCAUCGCUAAAGCGCGAGUUGCAAAGUUGUGCACUUCUUGAUUAAUUGAGCUUGCUGUAUGGAUCCACAAAAAUACCAGUCCAUAUUAUAGGGGGCUCUGCUUUUCGUCUCUCUCAGCAUUUAAUGAAGCCAUAUCCGCAUAGUGUGACCAAUACACCCGAACAAAAAAAAUUCAACUAUAGAUUGUCUAAGUGCCGGCGUGUUGUGGAAAAUGCUUUUGGCCAUUUAAA